AUGGCAGCUUCAAAAGAAGAAAUAAACAUCCUAUUACUCGGUGAAACUGGAGUAGGAAAAUCUACAUUCAUAAAUGCCCUCGCAAAUUAUUUUAAAUUUGAUCGUUUCAACGAUGCAAUUUCCGGUGAAAUAGAUGUAUUAAUCACAUCCAGAUUUACGAUGACAAACGAUGACUACGAAAUGCAAACGAUAACGGUAACUAGCGAAACUAGCGAAGAUGAAGACGAAUAUUACAUGGUGGAUGAAGUAGGGGAGUCAUCUACUCAAAAAUGUGGUGUCUACGUGUUUGAAGCAGAUGGAGGUAGAGUUAUAAGGUUGAUCGAUACACCUGGGAUAGGUGAUACCAGAGGGAUUAAACACGAUGAAAAAAAUUUUGAAAAUAUCUUAAGGAAUAUAAGUCAACACGAAUAUCUUAAUGGGAUCUGUAUACUCCUUAAACCUAAUAAUGCACGAAUGAAUAUAAUAUUUAAAUUUUGCAUACAAGAGUUAUUAUCACAUCUUCAUAAAAGUGCUAAGGACAAUAUUGUCUUCUGCUUUACAAACACGAGAGGAACAUUCUUUCGCCCAGGAGAUACACUCCCAGUGUUAAAGAGACAACUCCAGGAAUUUAAAGAAAAAUUUGACAUCGAAAUAAAAAUUUAUAAAGAUAUUAUUUAUUGUUUUGAUAAUGAACCAUUUAGAUUUCUAGCAGCACAUAAGAAAGGAAUGAAAUUUACAGAUGAUGAAAAGAAAAACUUCGCAUCUAGUUGGGAAAGAUCUGCAAAAGAAUCUGAGAGACUCCUCCAAUACAUUAAAAAAUGUACACCUCAUAAAAUAAUUGAUACCGUAUCACUCAACAAUGCCAGACAAACAGUGCUAUUACUUCGCGAACCUCUUGCAGAAAUAGGUAAAAAUAUCCAAGAAAACAUUGUUGAAAUUAUAAAGCUAAAAGAAGAAAUACAAAGAAAUGACUUCACUAACCAGGAGCUUAAAAAUAAGUUGUAUGUUCCACAUUUAGAGCUUAAGAUAAUACCAAUAGAUCGGCCUAAAAUUGUAUGCAAAAGUAGCGAAUGUCAAGCACAUUAUAUCGGUACAACAACGAGAAUCUGCCAUGUUAAAUGGAAAGACUUACACAAAACACAAUAUCUUUACUUUACAACCUUUUUAUCAAAUUUUUAG